AUGGGGAACGAGAGCGGCGGAGCUACGGCAAGCAGGGAAGGGAGAGGAGCCUGCCCGCGCCCGGCUUCCUCCGCGCCCCCGCCCGGCCGCCAGCCCGCGCCGCGCCGCCAGCCCCCGCCGGCCACCAGCCCGCGCCGCGCCGCCAUCCCCCGCCGGCCGCCAGCCCCCCGCCCCCGCUGCUCCGUCCGCCAGGCCCCGCCGGCCGCCAGCCCGCACCGCGCCGCCAGCCCCCCUCCCCCGCCGGCCGCCAGCCCGCGCCGCCAGCCCCCGGCCGCGAGCACGGAGGAGAGGAGGGCUGCCCCCGGCCCGGCCGUGGCCGCCGCCGCCCCCGGCCGCGAGCGAGCGGUUCCACCUCGCCGCGCUCGGCAACCUCCGCGCCGCCGCGCCCGACGACCUCCGCGCCGCCACGAGGCCGGCGUCGCCGCGCCCGACGACCUCCGCGCCAACGCGCCUAGCUCCGCCCAGCAACCUCCGGUCGUCACGCCUGGCUCCGGCGGCCUCCGUGCCUUGCUCCGCCCGGCUGCACGAGGUGAGAGAGAGAUUAGGGAUGAGAGAGAGAGGAUUAGGGAGAGGUGA